CCAUCCCUACUUGAUUUUUGUUUUUGAAAAUGGGAAAGGAAGGAAGAAACAAAAAUGAUGAAAACCUAGCCGCCUCACGCUUAUCCUCCGUCUUCCCGCCUGAUCCUCUUCUUCUGAAUAGUUCAGUCGCCCCGCCGUGCUCUCCGUCGCCGUCGGUGCCGCUGCCGUCCCUCCUUACUCUCGCCUAUCCUACUGCGCUGUGCUGCAUCAUUUUGUCUUCAAUCUUCUACUCUAUUGGUUUUAGCUGAUCGAUCAUAUUAUACAAAUGCCUAAGAAGAAAUCUUCUAAAGCGCAUAAAGAGGUGAAAGAGAAGGUCAUCACAAAGGAGGAAAAAUCCAAUUCUGUGGUAAAAAAUGAAAAGCCCAAUUCUUCCAUAAAGGAGGAAAAGCCCCCUUCAGUAAAGAAACGCAGUGAAAUCGAUGAAAUUUUCGCUGGGAAGAAGAGAAAAAAACCGGAAAUUCAGGAGGCUAAAAAACCAAAACAAGAUGCAUUGGACAGACCGAUGAAGCUGAAGAACAAGAAAAGGGAUGAGACUCAGCCUAGAAAUGGCUUUGUAGACCCACCAUCACAGAGUAGAAAGAAAACAGGGGAUGGACUAAAGAUUUACACAGAAGAGGAAUUGGGUAUUGGCAGUGCAGACGCAGGAGGCACCCCGCUUUGCCCAUUUGACUGUUCUUGUUGCUUCUAAACGUCUGUUCAAUUCCUUUCUUUUUUCUUCUUUUGAAGAUGUUGCUUAUCUGGUAACUUCUGUAACAUCUUCAAAUUCUAUAAUUUAGAUUUUGCAAUUUUGAAGAUGGCUGAAGCAGUGGUGGGUCUUGUCUGCUAUAGCAUCAGUUUUGUAGGAUAUGCCUUUAAGAUUAAAUUACGAAUUGCAUAAAAAAAUAUGUUAUCUUGGGCGAUGGUGCAACAGUCAUCAAAGGCUUCCCAAAAUUUUUUAAGCUCAUUGGCAUCGUUUUAUGCAUAAGAGAGGUAUGUAUUAUCGCCAGUUUAACUAUAUAGUCCAAUUUAUGUGGGGCUGGUUGAUUCUUUUUAUUUGUAUAGAUUGCUUGUCCAGACAUUUCCAGUUGAAUCGUAUAGAUUGAUUGGACCUUGUGUUAUAAAAGCUUUGAAGACUAAGUUCAAA